AUGGCGGCCAAACUGGAAGAAGAGGUGGAACUGUGUUUGAUUAUGUUGGGAAAAACGGGGGCGGGAAAGAGCGCCACAGGAAAUACUAUUCUGGAUCAACGCUUGUUCAAUGAAUCAAGUAAUGCGUCUUCAGAAACGAAGGUUGUGUCUAGCAAGUUUACGCGUUUUGACAACUUUAUUGUCAAAGUAGUGGACUGUCCUGGUUUAAUGGACACAGAUCUGAAAAGCGGGGAAGACAAGGAGAAGGCUGUGGAAAAUAUGGGCAAGGCUAUUGGAAUGUGUAAUGGGGGCGUCGAUGCAUUUAUUGUUGUCACAAAACGUGAUCAGUUUACAGCUGAAAAUCAGAAAUCUUUAGAUGCUCUGAAGUCAAUUUUUGGAGACAAGUAUUGUGAUAAUCUUAUCGUUGUUGUCGUUGGUGGAGAUACAUUCCAAGGAGACAUGGAGUAUGAAGGAUGCGGUGGGAAAGAUUUUCAUACAUGGUGCAGGGAACAGACAGGGCCUUUCCGGAAGUUAUAUGACGACUUCAAUGACAGAUUUUUGCUGAUCAACAACAGAGAAAAGGAUCCUGAUAAAAAACUUAAACAGAGAAGAGAAAUAAUCCACAUGGCAAACAGUUUGAAAAAACUUAACGGCAAAUAUACCAGUACUUAUUUUAAAAAAGCAAAGGCUUUACAAGAUAAGUUAAUCGUUGAAGAAAACUUGCCUUUUUUGAAUGAAACAAUCCAGGAACGUCUCGGCCUUCUAACGAAAGAUUUACUUAAUCUGAAGAAAUCAAUGUCCGGCAGUGAUCGGGACAAAUUUCUACAGAAAGUUGAUGAUCUGAAGAAAGAAAUAAGAGAAAAAGAUAGAGGAACUGGUUUGCUCAACAAGUUGAUGGAGAAAGUUAAAUCAGUUGAAUCUGCUCUAGAUGAUGUCGAAAAAACCCACACUCUGGCCAGGAAAAUAGAACAGUUAAGGAAGGGAGAAGCUGGUUGGUCCAAUGUUUUUAAACGUUCCACUGGACUAGCAGUUGUUUCUGGGAUUACAGCUGGUGCUGCUAUUACUGGUUUGGCAGUAGCGGCCUCUCCUCUCGUUCUUGGCGCAGCAGCUGCUGGGUAUUUGAUUUCAGUACCUACCUAUGCCUUUAACACAUGUGAAGCUAUGUUUUCUUAUAAGAAGAAACAAGCUAUUUCCGAGGAAAAGAAACAGAUACAAGCUGUAAAAGAAGCUAUAGAAUCAAAAGUGAAAAAACAGACUGGUUAG